CGUGGUGAUGGGCAUCCCCAGCGUGCGGCGCGAGGUGCAUUCCUACCUGACCGACACUCUGCACUCGCUGAUCUCGGAGCUGAGCCCGCAGGAGCAGGAGGACUCGGUCAUCGUCGUGCUGAUCGCUGAGACUGACCCGCAGUACAUCUUGGCAGUGACGGAGAACAUCAAGGCCUUGUUUCCCACGGAAGUCCGUUCCGGGCUCUUGGAGGUCAUCUCCCCAUCCCCCCACUUCUACCCUGACUUCUCCCGCCUGCGCGAGUCCUUUGGGGACCCCAAGGAGAGAGUCAGGUGGCGGACCAAACAGAACCUCGACUACUGCUUCCUCAUGAUGUACGCGCAGUCCAAAGGCAUCUACUACGUGCAGGUCAGCCCAGACCCCACCGUGCCCAGCUGGCAGCCCCGCCCGGCCUCACACCCCCCACCCGCCA